AUGAUUGUCAAGUUUCUGAGUCAAUUGAUAUUAAACGAGUAUAUAUGUUUUGUUACAUGUAUAUUGUUGCACUCUCAUUCCAGCUUGGAAUAACUACGUACUCACGAACAGUUAAUAAAACUUUAUUGUCUAAAACUUUGUAUCGUCAAAAAAAAAAUAGUGGUUUAUUUGCAAAUAAGUCAAGGAUGGCGACAGUUUUAAUACAUCAAGGCAAACUUCGAGGAAAGAAAUCACAGAAUAACAAUGGAUUUGAGUAUUAUGAGUUUUUGGGAAUACCCUAUGCAAAACCACCAGUAGGAGAACUCAGAUUUAAGAGUCCACAAUCUCCCGAAAAAUGGGUCGGAGAAAGAGACGCUACAGUGGUUAAUGAAAACAACAUAUCACUGCAACUUGAUAUGAGCAACAAUAAGAUUGUCGGAAGCGAAGACUGUCUGUAUCUUAACGUAUAUACUCCCAAGAUACCUGAUGGAGAAUCCGAAUUACUCCCCGUAAUGGUAUACAUACAUGGUGGGGGUUUCGUAGUUGGAAAUGGUAUUUUAGAUAAUGUAAAUGGACCAGAUUUUCUUAUAGAACACAAUACAGUCAUAGUUACAAUCAACUACAGAUUGUCCGUUUUAGGCUUUUUGUGUUUAGAUAUACCUGAAGCAGCUGGUAAUAUGGGAUUGAAAGAUCAAGUCAAAGCUCUCGAAUGGGUGAAAGAUAACAUAGUAAAUUUUGGAGGCAACAAAGAUAACGUUACUAUAUUUGGAAUAAGCGCUGGUGCUGCAUCUGUUGAAUAUCAUAUGGUGUCACCCAAAGCCAAAGGUCUAUUCCAUAAAGAGAUUUUACAUUCUGGCUCCAGCCUUAAUCAUUGGGCAGUUAAUUAUGAACCAAAGAAGCUAGCAAAUCAACUGGCCGCAAAUCUAGGUUACAAAGAUACUUCAGAAGAUGCGAAAGCUUUAAAAGAAUUUCUAAUGACUAUCCCAGGACCAGAUCUAACAGCAUCUGCGACACAAGUGUACGAAAAUGCAGAAACAGGCGGGAUUUUCUUCGGUUUUGUACCAACUGUCGAAAAAGAUUUUGCGAACGGAGAUGCAUUUCUUACAGAUCAUCCGUAUCGCUUACUAAAACAAGGUAAUUUUAUUAAAGUUCCCGUUAUCAAAGGAUUCUGUAACAGAGAGGGUUAUUUAACCUAUGUGCUUAAGCCUAAAGCAAUAUCAGAUAUCCAAGAGAAUAAAAACUUUACUGACUAUUGGUCAUUUGAAUUAGAUUUAGAUGACAAAAUUAAAUAUAAAGAACAGAUGAAGAAGAGUUAUUUGAAGAGCAUUAAACCUGGAGACGACGAAGACAAAAUUGGAAUAGAUUUCUUCAGUGAUUUUGAUUUUGUAUCUGGAAUUUGGACCAGUGGCAAGCUAAUGGCUCGACAAGGGGUGCCGGUGCGAUUUUAUGAAUUUUCUUAUGAAGGAAAAAUUAACUUUUUCAAACUACUCUUUAAUAUAGAAAGAUCUGGAACAGCCCACGGCGAUGACCAUACAUACGUCUUGUGUCAUGAGAUCGCAAAGGAAGCACACGAAAGUGAUUUAGUUAUACGAAACGCUAUGUGCCGGAUGUGGACUAAUUUUGCUAAAUCUAGUUGUCCUACACUGGCUGACAAUGUGGGAGAGCUAGUCGAAUGGCCCAUGUACAAGGAAGAUCAGCCUGCAUAUCUGUCAAUUGAUAAAAACAUCGAAGUACUAAGAAACUACGACCCGAUUAAAAUGUCAAUAUUUGAAGAAAUUUACGGAAAAUAUGAAAAAUAACCUAUAACAAUUAUAUGUAAUGCAGUAAUCACAUUAUAAUGGCGGGAUAGAAAAAAAUAUAAAUGUUUAUUACAGCAUCUUUACGUAAUGAUAAAAUGUGUAACAAACUAUUGUUAUUGGUUUUUCUAUGCCUAUAUGUAUGUAUAUUAAUAA